AUGCAAAGGCGCAAAGACGUGAAGGUCACCGCCUACUCAUCUACAGGAAUUUCUGACUUCUUGAUUCAGAUCCUGUCAGCGGUCACAUUUUUAUUGAGAUGCAAAAUAAAUGUAGUGAGGCCACAAACGGAUUUCUUGUUUGUUCAUCCGCGAAAUAAAUUUAACCCUCACAUCGCAAAACUUGUGUUUUUUCUUUAUUUGUUUUGUCGUGUGAAACCUCUACCUCAACAUCACCGCACCCACGCGGCCUUCACUAGGCCCGCAUCAACUGGCUCCCCGUACAGGAAUCACCGUCGGAAUAGCACCAAUGGAGCGUACACCAUCAACGACACCCAGCACCCUCCAACAAGCGGCGGAACUGCUGGAACGCAGCCAGCAGCUGCUGAGGUCAGCCAGCUUGGAGGAGGGCACGAACACCACCACGGCGGCACGGGUCCGCCAGAUGACCACGGCGCAGCUGCAGCGGGACCCGGUACUGUGGGCAGCCUACACGCGGGGGUGGGUCGACCGCACAGCCGUGUUCAUGAAAGCGACAAGCGGGGAACCCACAACCAUGGUGAGGCACAACAGGUCACGCAGCCCCAGACGGGCGACACGACCGGUAGCCACGGCACGACCCGCGGCCACAACUCGACCGGCGCCACCAACGUCGACAACUCGGGCACCCGUGAGGCUGCCACCCCGACCAUUAAUGGAGAGACCGACACCAGCGCCAAGGACGUCGACCAUCCCGCCGCCAGGAACGCUCGUCAACCCGCUGCCAACACCAAACACCACCACCGAGACAACAACACCGGCCACGCUCAACGCCCGCCAGCGCCGGAACAAGCAGCGGAUGCGGGACUACAAGGCCAAACAGACGUCCCAACAACACCGCCUGGAAAAACCGGGGUCAACAGCAACCCCCGCCCCGUCACAACCAGAGCCUGCGACACCAGACCUCACCGUGGCCACGGUGCCGGAGGUGACAAACACUUCCGGAACAACCGGAACCGCGGAAAACCUAACAGCCGCUCACCCUCAAACCGCGGAUAUGGAAAUAUCCCCGGAAGAGGAGGCGGACCUGUUAGGUGAGACGGACGCAGGCACGGCUGGAACUGAAGACAUGGAGGUCAGCCUCAUGUACUUCAGUCCCCCCACGUCCCCCCAACGUGCCUAGACACCACCAGGGCCACGCCCGCUGAACACAGCUGGAAAAGCGUACCCACGGACAGGUGUCUACCACAACCACCCUUCACACACACCCUUUGACGACACCGGCAACGGCCGGAACACCACCGCCGUUGGCGGUUUGGGGGGGGAGUAUGACGCGGUCCCGCGUAAUAGCUGUUUGAAUUCAAAUAGCCUUUUACGCGGAAAGCCGCGCUACGCUUCUCAAACAAACCGCCAAUCGACGACGGACGACGCCAGCGCGCGACACCCGCGCUGUGAACCGUCGGCCGGCCGUUGGGUGAACCGGAUUAUAAAGUCACCAGUUUUUACCGACGACCCGCACGACACUGACACACACGUCCCUGGCCGAUCGUCUCUGUUUCUUUUUUUUUUUUUUCCGUUUGAUUUGUUUUUUUUGUUCAGUGACUGACAGGGCCACAAACGGAUUUCUUGUUUGUUCAUCCGCGAAAUAAAUUUAACCCUCACAUCGCAAAACUUGUGUUUUUUCUUUAUUUGUUUUGUCGUGUGAAACCUCUACCUCAACAUCACCGCACCCACGCGGCCUUCACUAGGCCCGCAUCACCUUCGUACCACCAUGUAAAGUGUGCACUAAGAAAGCAUUUUCCAAAAAUUCGCCUUUUAAAGCGGAGCACGAGUAUUUUGAGAUUCAAGAUGGCUGAUGAACAUUUUUAAUUUUUAUAAAGAACAUUGUAUUAUUGAUUCUGCGACCUUACUUCCUAGUCAACUUUUAUAUUGAAAAUAUGAUAUAAAUAACAAUACAAGUUAUGACCCUCUUGCAAAUAUAAAAUGAACAAAAUUUGAUAUAAUUCACCAACCUUCUAUGGCGUAAAAUUACGAGUUUGAAUAAAAGUCUCAGCGGGGAACUGUAGAUAUAUGCUUACGCAAUAUUUUACUGAAUUGAUCUAUAACGAAGGAUAUUCCAAAAAAACAUACCCAUAUACAUGGGAAGGCUGAAUAAUAUACCUAUAACUGUAGGUGUUUAUAUUUAUAAUAAUAUCAAUACAUAUUACAUAUUUCACAUAGGUAGGUAGUAAAUUACAUGUAUUCACAAAUAUUUUCACGUAAUAGAGCAGUCAAACUAAAAAAAAAUAGUUUUAUAUAUUAUAUGUUUAAAAUAUAUUAAUUGACUGGUAUCACCGAAUGAAAAAUAUUAUGUAACUUAUAAUAAUUUUAUUCGGUAAGAAUAUAUGCCGGAAUGUAAGAAAAAUUAAUAUAUUAUUAUAACCUAAGUGUUCAUAAGCUACCACCACUUCCGGAUUAAACGUUGGGAUGUGAACAUUUUGGAGCGAUCUAUAAAAUUGUUUCUAAUUAUGUCUUUCACCAACUAAUAAUAUAGUUUAACAAGUUUUAAUUUAUAACCAACUGAUUUUAA